CAUGAAUUGAUCUAUUUAGAGUCACUACAGAUACAUUUUGCCUCCAUCAUUCCUAUGUUCAUAUCCCUAUACAUUUCCUGUAUUCAAUGAUGGACACAGCUCCAUGAUGUAUUGAGUCAGUUGAGUGUCUGUUUCAGGGGACACAAGGCCCUUUGGGAGAGCCAGGGAGCGAUGGCCUAAACGGAGAACAGGGAGACAUUGGUCCUGAUGGGAGGUGGGGGACCCCAGAUCUAACUGGAAUUCCUGUAAGUUGUCCUUUUUCAAUGAUAUGCUAUUGCUAUUUCCUUUACUUUUAUGAAAAUAAAGUAGGAUUUUUAUACAGAGAAUAAUUACAUUCUAACGUGAUUCCUUUUCUCUUUCUAUAGGGUUUGUUUGGAGAAACUGUAUAUUACUCUAAAUACAAAUACCCGCACAUGUUCCGUUUUUUUUAUGCAUACCUUUAUGUGUUCUGUACAUGUAUUAUGGGGAGAUUGGUGGAUUGGCUGAGGGUACUGACUAAAUGGACUAUUUACCUAAAUAUCAGGGUCUAAAAGGAUUUGCCGGACAAUCAGGUCCUGUUGGAGUGAGAGGCCUGCCUGGUCUGGACCUCCUGGCCCUCCUGGAACCUUUCUGAUCCUUACUCUGGCACAGCUCAAGGACCUCAUGUACUUGUCAGACAAGCCCAACUCCCUCCUGAUCCAGACUCUGCUGGACUCAUUGCACCAGGACCUGUGCUUGUUCAUAGAUCCACCAGAUGGCACCAAAAAACACCCGGCGACCACCUGCUUGGCGCUGUGGCUGUUCCAGCCCAACUUCACUAUCGGGAUGUAUUACAUUGAUCCUAACCAGGGCAGCCCAGCUGAUGCCAUUCUGGUCUACUGUGACUUCACUGCAGCACCAAAGACCUGUCUGUCUCCACUCCAUCCUCAGUUUGGGUAUCCAGGACCGGAUGUAGUGCAGAUGAGGUUCAUUAGGUUAAACAGCAGGCUCACCAGUCAGAACAUUACCUACUCCUGCCAGCCUGGGAACAGACAGGGACCAGGGGAAAGAGAGGUGAAGUUCCUGGCAGACACACGAAGACAAAGUUACCUGGGGACAUUACGAUAUUAUGGGUCCUCUGAGGAGCUGGAUUCCGGAGACCGUCAUGAGUCAGGGUUCCAGUUUGAGAGCGAGGACCUCGAUCUGCAUCCUCUGAGAGAUCUGGCAGUGUUCGGAAGCAGUGACCUCACACAGGAGUUUGGAUUCACUGUCGGGCCUGUGUGCUUCAGCUAAAGGAAGAGAGACACUCCCUCUAAGGACUGGCAAGAGCAGAGACAACAAUGAGACAAUCACCAGACAACCUCCAGCUAAUGGGGAAAUGACUCAGAGAAACUGGAAAGAGACAGAGAAAGGCAUCAGCAUCUCUCCACUUCUCAUGACAGAAUUGUUUAUUGACAAAGUAGAAGUACCAACCAACAGGACAAAGUCUGUUUUCUCUCUCCAAAGGUUAACCAGUUAACAAACAUGAACUGGUUGGUCUGUGGCCAGGGAUAUUCUUGAGAGAAAGUACCUUUGUAUUUUGUGUACACUGAUUUCAUUUGUGAUAUUGAAACAUGCUUAUUUAUGUAAUUGGUUAAAAAGAUGGCGGUUUCCUUAAAUGUUUAUGGUGCUAUAAUUCUGUUUUUUACAAACAUUACCAUACUUAAUUCAGGUAUGUUCUUGACCAAGAGCACUGUGGUUUUAACCUUCACUGCCGCAACUUAACAAUGUGUCCCAAAUCUGUGCUCACUCUACCCUUACAUCCCAAGUUAGAAACUAAGAAACAUAUCAAUAUUGAUCCCUUGGUCAAAAAGUAGGAAGACUAAUGCAAUGAUGAUUAUUAGGAGCUAUGACAAUUAAUUAAUUGUAUUUGGUGAUAACAUUUUAUGCAUUCUUGCAGCACCUAAUAGAUGCAGUAGCCUAACUACCAUUUGUGAAAUUGUGAAGUUUUGAUGUGUGUUGAUACAGAGGAACAAUGCGGUACUAUAAAAAAUGUUGUCAAAGUUGAUGUAUAUAGGUCAUUCAAUAAUACCAAAGUUGACGUUUUCUGUAGAUUCUUUGUCUCCUGUGUUUUACCUCACUGCACCUUAUUAUGAUGUCCCUGCUAGAGGCUUAUCUUUGUCCCUCCUCAAUUUACCACAUGAUUUUACACCCUGGCCUGGCUUUAUUCUACCAUGAACCCCAACCUGAGAAGUUUUGACAAGGGAGAAAUUACUCCCCAGUUCUGUGAAAAACAGUUCUGAUUCGAAUGGAAAUACUCCAGGAGGGUCUUUGUGGUGGCUGCUCUUGAUAAUGUGCUUACAAUUGAUUCUGGAUUGCAUGCAGCAGGCUUUGAACAUGCUAUGGAACUUCAAUGGCAGAGACAAAUGUAUCUUUAAAGUUUUGCUCAGUUUCAUCUUUGCUUAAAG